AUGUUCAGAAAUCAAUACGAUACAGAUAUUACGACUUGGAGUCCUCAAGGCCGAUUACAUCAAGUUGAAUAUGCAAUGGAGGCUGUUCAACAAGGAAGUGCUGCCGUAGGAGUGAAAACUCAGGAUUAUGUUGUACUAGCAACAUUGAAAAGAGCUCCUCAUGCCGAACUAUCAAGCUAUCAAAAAAAGCUUUUCAAGAUUGAUGAUCAUGUCGGUAUCGCUAUUGCUGGAUUAGCUGCUGAUGGCCGUGUCUUAAGUAAAUAUAUGAGAAACGAAUGUAUGAGUCAUCAAUAUGUCUAUGACACAUUCAUGCCUGUACAAAGAUUGGCCAAUAAGAUCGCCGACAAAUCUCAAAAGAGCACACAAAACUCUUCCGGCCGUCCAUUUGGUGUAGGAUUAUUAAUUGCAGGAUAUGAUGAAACCGGAACACAUUUGUAUCAAACAUGUCCAAGUGGAAAUUUGUAUAGUUACAAGGCCAUUGCCAUUGGAGCAAGAUCUCAAAGUGCCAAGACCUAUUUCGAGAAAAAUUACGCUACUUUCACUAAUAACGCUCAAGAAUUGAUUGUUCACGCUUUGAAGGCUCUCAAAGGAACAACAGGUGACAAUGUUGAAUUGACAACAAAGAAUUGUAGUGUGGCAGUUGUUGGAAAAGAUUUCAAAUUUACAAUCUAUGAAGAUGAUGCCAUUGAAAAUUAUUUGAAUUUAUUAGAUACAUCAUCCAAGAAGGUCGAAGAUCAAAUGGUCGAUUAA